ACUCCACCAAUAAUUGUCUUCCCCAACUGAUCUUUGUACGGCCAAUCACAAACAGCGAUAAGCUCUUUUGCCGGAAUUAAUGGGGAACGAAAGGAGCGCCGCCGUGUACGAUUCGGCUCACAGCCGGAAACCAUCUUCACCGGGAGAAAACACGCCGCUCCUCGGCGGCGGACUGCCUCGAUCCUCUCAAGCCAAGACGUUCGCCAACGUGUUCAUCUCGAUUGUCGGCGCCGGUGUUCUCGGCCUUCCUUACGCCUUCAAGCGCACCGGAUGGGCUACAAGCUUGAUAAUGCUUUUCUCCGUCGCCGCCGUCACAUAUUACUGCAUGAUGCUUCUUGUCUACACUCGUCGGAAGAUCGUUGCCGACGGUUCCUCCGAGGUUAAUUCAUUUGGUGAUUUAGGUUUCUCAGUCUGUGGCUCAUUUGGCCGAGCGAUUGUCGAUAUUUUGAUUAUUUUGGCACAGACUGGCUUCUGCGUAGGGUAUUUAGUCUUCAUCGGCAAUACGUUGAGCAAUUUGUUCGAUUCAUCCACCAUGGCUUCGGGCUCUGAUUUUCUCGAAGCUUCCCCCAAGAUCUUGUACAUACUAGGCUGUUUACCGUUCCAAUUAGGCUUGAAUUCGAUCAAAACACUGACGCAUUUGGCUCCGUUGAGUAUUUUUGCAGAUGUGGUUGAUUUAGGAGCUAUGGGAGUGGUGAUGGUUGAGGACAUUUCUGUUAUCUCAAAGAGAAGGCCUCCAGUGGAGGCUUUUGGAGGCUUAUCGGUGUUCUUCUACGGCAUGGGAGUAGCUGCUUACUCCUUCGAAGGAAUCGCAAUGAUUCUUCCUCUAGAAUCAGAGAUGAAGAACAGAGAUCAAUUCGGGAAGAUCUUGGGAUUGUCAAUGGCGUUUAUAGCCGCUCUUUAUGGUGGAUUUGGUGUUCUUGGAUACUUCGCGUUUGGACAAGAAACAAACGAUGUGAUUACUUCAAACAUGGGUCCAGGAUUGUUGAGCGCCAUUGUUAAACUAGGUCUCUGUAUAAACCUAUUCUUCACCAUGCCAUUGAUGAUGAAUCCAGCAUAUGAAAUCAUCGAGAGGCGAUUCUCAAGAGGAAGAUACUGUUUCUGGUUGAGAUGGUUGCUGGUUGUAAUGGCAACUUUAAUGGCGAUUUGGGUUCCUAAUUUUACAGAUUUCUUGUCAUUAGUUGGGAGUGGAUUGUGCUGUUCAUUAGGAUUUGUGGUGCCUGCAUUUUUUCAUCUGCUGGUUUUCAAGGAUGAGAUGGGAUGGAAAGGUUGGUGUUUGGAUUUGGUGAUUGUGGUUUCUGGAAUUGUUCUUGGAGUUGCAGGGACUGUAAGUGCUGUAGAACAGAUGUAUUUUGCAAACUAGACCUCCAUUUUAGGUUGGAAAUGGAAGCUUCUCUGAGCUUCAAAUUUGAAAAUGGUGAGUUUCUGUUGCAGAGGAGACAUUCAAGGCUAAGAUUUUGUUCAUAGUUUGUGGGAUUUCUUUCUUUGUAUUAUUAUUUGAUACUGUACAAUGUAUCAUAAGUUGUUGAAUUACUAUGAAUUUAAAUAAUUUUGUGUUGAUGUUUUAAA